GGCCAAGAGGUGAAUAGACUUCUUUGUGAUUUGACCUCUUACUUGCCUGUAUAUAUUUAAUGGCUUAAUCAUCGUGUUCAACGAAGCGAAGCGUUAUUUUUUAUUCGUCUUAUGGUUUACGCCAAUGAAUUGAAAGUCAUGGUCUGCAGCCUCAAAAUGCAGGAAAACACAUCCUUGCGACUAUAGAAUUUCAAAAUUUUCCGGGGGAGCAUGCCUCCGGAACCCACUAGGGGGCAAAGCCCUCCCGGCCUUGCCAAUUCUUUGCCCAGGUGUCAAACUCAGUUGCCCUCCUGUUCAAAACCUUAAUGAACCCCCUGAAUCUACCAUUGAACAGUUAAACUCAUUCACUCAUUCACCCCUUAACUGACAGUAACCACAUCCUUUGUGGCGGAUCCACAUCCCUUGAUGUUAUCAGUUUUAAUGAUCAUUGACAAUUUUGACAUGUAACUUAUGCAGGAGGAAGAAAUCUUUUAAACUAUACCCAAAUGAGCAUGAUUUAGUCAAACAGGCUAGAGAAAUAUGCAAGAAACCAUACAAAGUUGAGCAGAAAUUCCAAUCAAACUCUUGCUCCACUACCUACUUGCACUUUAUUUAAUCUAACCCUACUACAUCCUAAACGUUUUGCCAAAAACUUUCCCCACCAAAAUGAAGCCUAGGAAAUGCCCAGCAAAGAAAAAACAAACAAACAAACAAGGAAAAACAAUAAAAUAACUAAAUUGGGAAGAAAAAAGGUAGAACUUGAAUGGACUGUGGUAUCACUUUUAAACACAAAAAAGAAAUUUUUAUUUUUUUUUUAUUUUAUUUUAUUUUAUUUUAUAAUCACACUUGGCAUUCACUUACAAUACAGCUACACGGUACUUACUUACAACAAGACUACAAAAUUUACUUACGUUACAGCUUUACUACUUACUUGUUUGCUACUUACUUACAUUAAAAUACCUAAAACUAGUUUACAACAAACAAAAGGACUACUAAAGACAAUAAAUAAAUGAAAAGAAAAGAAAAGAAAAGAAAAGAGAAGAGAAGAAAGAAAGAAAAAAGGCGACUCCUCUGCCUGUUAUGGUUUUUAGCAAUAACUACUUGAGAUAACAUUGACAACAAUUGCUAAUAUUAAUAAGAAAUCAUAAAUGUGCAUAAUUAGAUGAUUAGUAAGAUGAUUAAUAAACAGUGCGGAAAGAUAUGUGAAAUAGAUACUUUAAUUAAGAAAUAUUGGCGGUAUGUCUAGCUCUCAAUUGCACUUUGGCCUUGGUUCAUUUACACAAAAUGGAUAAAUAGGAAAGCUUUUAUUUUACCAAAAGCUAUGUAAUGUUGAGAAGUGGACGUAAAGGAUUCCAUUUCUUAGAAGUUGCAUCAAUGUUGUUGGACUCUAUGUAAAACUGCGAUUUAAGGGACAUAAGAAAAGUUGUUAAAUUCGGAAUUUUCUGAUUGACCCUGCAGCUCCAUAUAUAAUAUCUUGCCAGGAGAAAGCAGAAAUUUAGUUGAAGUGAAAACUUGGAGGUGUCUGGUUUCAGGCCCAGAUAUACAGCAGUGUAUUUUGGAUAAUCUAUCGUUAUUAGAUUGAUCUGCUUUAGUUUUUCAGUCAAAUUUUCCCAAAAGGUGGCUACUAUUGUACAGUUCCAGAAGAGGUGGAUUAGGUUUUCGGGAUGGAUGGUACAGAAAGAGCAGUUCGGGUCCUGCUUUAUAUCGAUUUUUGUUAGGAAAAGGUUCGUUGGUAAAAUUCGGUGAAGGAAUCUAAAUUGAAAGUUUACAAGUUUUGUGCUUUUUGUGCACCUAGCUGCCAGACAAUAGGCGCUGGUCCAGUCAGCAGAGCAUCUUUGGUCGGACUUAAUGCUGUCAUUCCAUUUCUGUUGGCUCUUAAACGGUACAGUGCUUUUGGAAGAGAGGAGCUUCUGGUAUACAACUCUGUUCACUUUAUCGUUCUUGAAAAAAGUCUCGGAGAAGGUCUCGGGGCAGGUAUUGGGAAUGUCUGUGCUACUAGGUUCUUUACUAAAAAAGUUAGUGUUAUAAUGGUGUCGAAGGGCAGAAAUUAAGCCGAAGUACUUUAUGGGUUGUAUUUGUAUUUUGUAAGUGCUGAUAAAAUCUGCUAGGGGGAGAAAAUUCCGCGAGUCUGUCAUUAAGUGGGCUACCUUAGUGAUUCCAUGCAGGAAAAGAUGUUUGUAGAAGACCGGUCUGUUUUCGAUCCUAAACAGCGAAUUAUGCCAUAUAUGUUGUUCAAGGAAUUGCUGCUCGGUUUUGAUGUUAGCAUCAAAAUUAAUUUCUGACCAUAUUUCUAAAAUUUCUUGAGAGAAAUUUGCUUUUUGUGCACUCCUGAACUUAGGAAAGUGAUAUAUUCCAUUUUAAAAAAAAUGACAAAAUGUUCCUUGAAUGAGGCAUAGAUACCAACAAUCAACAGUCACUUGGUACCUUGACAGGCCUCUGACAGAAGAGUGACUUUUAGAACAAUGAAGAUUUAGCCCACAGCGUGCAAAGAAAGUAGUGUCCGAUAGCCCAGGACAUGUGGAUUUUGUUAUUGGGCUUGUGAAUUCUGAUAUUAACUUGCCCAACGGGCAAGUGAAGUUUUUUGAGGAAUUCAAAGUACAGAAGAACUGUGAAAUCAAUUUGCUUAUCAAAACGUCUUUGGGGCUAGUUGAAAUGAUGUUUGAGCUAGUAAAUGUUAGCUUCAGCUUGCCAGAAUGGCAAGCUGUAAAAAUGACUUUCUUUGCACCCUGACCUACCAGUUAUUCCUGGCUUAGAGUGUAAACAGGUAUUAUUUUUGCAUUGGAACAAGUAAGAAUGCAAGAAAGGUAGAGAUGUUAAAUAUAAUAUUAGCGGGGCUCCCGCGCGCGCGAAGCGCGCGUGGGACAGAGCCCCAUACCCAUGGAAUAUGGUCAACCUCUUUUCGUUUGGUUGUCACGUGAUUGACCGAGCGUACGUACGUACGUACGUACGCGUCUACAGAUUGUAUGGGUGGGGUAGGGGAGACUAUCAAAAGGAAGGGAGGGGUGUCUCAGGCGUGUCUUGGCAAGCCCACAUCUUUAAUAUAGGACAUUAACAAUAUGGUCAAUUGACAGCUGUCCAAACAGGAUAGCCACUGACCAGUAUCCCAUGACCAUAUCGCGGGCUCAUGUGUCAACUCAUCGAGGUGACGUGAUUUAUUUGGAAGCUGUCAGCUGACCAGUUAACUGUUUUACUAGAUCGCGAACAACGUUCAAUCUCACACUUUUACUAGUUUGGGAGCACAGGAAAACUGAUAAUGCACACAUAUUGGAAAUCAAUGUUUUGAUCAAUUGACAGCUGUCAAAACAGAGUACCCGCUGACCAGUAUCACUUGACCGUAUCGCGGGCUCAGGUGUCGACCCGUCGAGGUCAAGUAUUUUUUGAAGUUAUCCGCUGACAAGUAAACUAGUUUUCAAGUGAUCGCAGGCUCAAGUUCAAUUUUUUUUCUUAAUUCAUAUGAAAUAUGUUGUGUUUAUGUGCUGCACAAUUAAAAUUUUGAUUGCAAACUGACCUCGGACGUGAAAAUUCAGCCAGCUGUUACAGGCAGGGAAGACAGUUGCUUUUGUUUUUUUCACAAUGGUCACGCGUUGGUCACGCUCUACGUCCAAUUUUAUGUUCUGAUUGGUCAAAAUUUGACAUGUGAGUUCAUGCGCAAAAUUUAUGCAGCAUCUUGAAUCUUGUUUACUUUAACAGCUGAAGCUGACAGAGUUUUGUGUCAACUUGUGAUGUUUUUAACUGUCUUUUUCCACUGGAUGUACAAAAUGAAAUUCAGCUGCUAUCAGGAGUCUUCUGUUACUCAUGGCUAGUUUGUUUAUUGGGUUUUUGGUUGAGAAAACGCGUUGCUUGUCAAAGUCGGAAAUCCGAUUUCGGAUGGCAUCGUUUUGGUUUUCACCUUGCUUGAUGCGUAAGAGGAUUGCAAAGUCUGAAGCGAUACUGGCUUUACCUGAUAACUUUCAGGAGCUGCAUCUCGAAUGGUAAGCCAGAGAAAUUAUUGUAUUUCAUGUUUGUUUUUUGUAUCUAAUUGAAUGAAGUGGAGCGUAGUUUAUGCGGGAAUUUAGUUUAUGCGCGUUUGUAAGUUUUGAGACAACGAUCUCACCGAGUAUCUGGUUUGAUAUAAUCUUACAGAACUUUAAAAAGCCUUUAGACAGUUUCUCACCGCAAAUAGAAAGAAAAUGUUCCAAAGAAUCUUUAGUUAUAAUUCUAGCCGGAAAAGAAAGCUUUGAGCGAUUUUCUUGCCUCGAGUUCGUCUUUGAAAAAACAAACACCGGGAAGCUGGCUUAAAACAUAAACUUCAGCAAACUUAAGCUUGAAACUUGAAGACUCAGGAUAUUUAGGGACACUUUAAUACUUGUCUUCCUGAAUGAAAAUUGUUGUCUCUGUUUAUGUUUCACCGAAUUAUAUUUCUUUUAUUGAUUGUUGGUAGUCUCUCUUGCAAUUUUAAUCGCUAUGCCGAGGAUUGUUUUCAGUCGUUCAGUGAAGAUCGCUUGCAGGAGUUCUCAAAAUGCCGCGCGUUAAACCAUCAAAUAAAAAAUAAACAUGAUAAAUUCUUUAUUAUCUUGGAGCGUAACUCUGUUAAUGUUCAUUCAAACACUCGCUAGAGCUCGCACUACAAAAGUGAGAACCGGAUGGCCGUAUAGGUGAUUUUGGAAAAUUUUUUUAACAGUUUAUGAAUAUUGAAUGAGAGCAAUUUGUAUUGUGAAAUACUGCUUUCUUUCCAUGGUAUAAAAGGUUGGUUUACACGCACCCAGAUUUGUUGGCAAGAUUUUGCAAAGUAAACUUGUCGAACGCCAAAACGUUGGCCUGAUUUUUUUUCUAAGCCUAAUUGAUCUACGGUGAUCAAUAGCCAUUACGGCUCUUAAAUGUGAUAAAAGAUGAUUGCCAGUUUUUUAGUGUACAUAUGAGGCUAUCAACUCGAUGUAAGAUUUGGUUCACUCUUGGGCUGUUUGCAAAUUAUUUUUCUCUAAAAUCAGGUAGCCUUUCCCUCAAAAGUCACAUAAAUGUGCUCUAAAGUUAACUGAAUUGUGGAAUUCGAAUACAAGUUUAUUGUUUAAUUUAAAUUAUAAAUUUACUAAUGGGAGCCUCGCUUUUAGCCCUGGCUAAAUCUAUAUAUUAAUAUAUACCUGAGGUAUUAUGUCACGAAUCUGUCAUCCAUACUGUGUAUUUUUUAUCUUUUAGAGAACGUCCGCGCUUAAAUUCAUCCACAGUAGACUUUAACAAACUCCGUCAGCUUCCAGAUGGAUUUUUUGGGAGGGAAUAUGUCAGAGGAAUGGAUAUCAAUGUGAGCUUGUUUGCUGUUUUAUUAAGAUUUAAAAGAUGGGUUGUCAGGGUUUGCAUGCAGUCUUGAAAAGUUCUUGAUGUCCACGUGGAUUGCAAAUAUGUGUUGUAGGUAAAAAAUGAAGUGAAUAACUAGGGCUAAGAGACAAAGGAAACUGAGAAUCAAACUCAGUUGAAAUCAUUUUAACCUGAAUUAUAUUUUGACCUACAACAAAUGUGACAUGUGAAGAUCUAAGUAAAUCUAAGUUGAAAACAUUUCUUUUUAAAAGGUAUAUGACAUUUAGUUUCAUCAUAUUUGUUUUUUGUUUUCUUUCCUUUUUAAAAUGUGUAUGCUAUAAAUUUCCCAAUAUGUACAGUAGGGUUAUAUGUAAGCUUGUGAUUAAUGAUAUUCUUAUGUCCUUUUUUACAUUGUAAGGUGCUUAGAACAGCGAUGUAUAAGCGCUAUAUAAAUUCCAUUAUUAUUAUUAUUAUUAUUAUUUUUAUCAGUUUGAAUUAUUAUUUUUAAAUAGUUUUUAAAUUUUUUUUAUUAACUUUUUGAUGCUUUUUAUAAUUGUUAUUAGUAGUCUUUAGAUAGUCAUUUUACGACAAUUCUCUUUCGUACACAAGAAGAAUGUACAAAGGGUAUAUAUUUUAAUAUUUCAUAUUCUUGAAUCUGUAAAUAGUCUAUUUUUUUAAAUCUAUGAAUAAAGUUUUGUAUUAUUAUUAUUAUUAUUAUUAUUAUUAUUAUUAUUAUUAUUAUUUAACCCUUUCACUGCCAAAUGUGGCCAAAGGCACGUUUCAACCAAAUUUCCAAAUUUCAUUUUCCAAAAUAAUUAUUGUGGGAAACAAAUAGCAUCAUGUGAAAGUACAGGCAGAGAGCUUUGAUUUGAAUGGUCACAUCAUAGGAUUUCGUCCAUAGACUCAAAAGUUAGAGUCACCUUACAAAACUCCAUCAAACACUCUGGCAGUGAAAGGGUUAAGACAAAGGGUGAAUCCCUUGCAAACAUCACAUGACCUCUACUCGGAAAACAAAACAUAUAAGCUAAUUUUUGAUACCCCUAUGGCCCAGUUUGGUGAAAAGAAAAAAUUAGGUUGAUAUACAGUGUACGUUAUCACCAAAAUAGAACUCUGUAGUGUAGACCAUCUCAUUUCAAAUAAUUAUGGUGGAACCCCAAUAACUCGAACUCAGAUAACUGUAACUCCCUGCUAACUGGAACUAAGUCCAAUUUCCCUUGGAUUUCACCCCACUUUCCAGUCUUUUUUACUUGGUUAAUUUGAACUCGGAUAACUCGAAUUUCCCGCUAACUUGAACUUAAUUUCCUGUCCCUUGAUCAAAAAGUCACUGAAAUUUACUGUGAUAACUCGAAUUCUGGUUCUUUUAACUCCUCUUGGAUGCUAUCCCAUUAGCUUUUCUUGUUGUAUAAGGGUAAAAACACUAAAAUUAACACUGGUCAACACUAAAGCAAUUUGAUGUAAUUUCGCUGAAACGAGCAGAUCAUGUUUUAUCAUUAAAAGUGCCUUAUCAUGCUACUGUUUCUGUUGAAAUAAGUUAAAUUUGCACUGCACUAUACACUGAGGUGCUGAAAAUCAAUAAAACCAUCAAUUUUUACCGAACAAGACAAAUUGAAUUUUGCAAUCGACCCCAAUAACCGGAACCCCCACUAACGCGAACUGUUCUUUCCCCUUCAGAGUUCAUGUUACUGGGUUUCUACUGUAAAAUACAGUAUUUCUUUCCUAUUAAAAGCUUGGCUUUAAUACUGAACCUGUCUGUCUCUUUAUAUUUAGAAACUUUCUCCUGAUAGAGAUGAGGUAAGAAGAAGCUAUUUUUUGUAAAAUAACUAUAGUUUAACGUAAUUUGAUUGAAACUAAGAAAUUAUAUCAUGGGAGUCAUGUCCAAGAAAAACCUUUUCUGAUGCAUCUGUAUAUUGGUACAGGACCUAUACAGUGUCACGAAACAUAUUUCUCUCUACAAAUUUGGAAAUGGAUCAUAAAUAGAUAAAGUUUCCAUACCUUAGUCAGAAUGUUCAGUUUAGUAAUGUUAUGAUAAAGGUUGUACCCACAUUUGCGCCAUACUCCAAGCACAAAGAAAAAUAUUUUGAGAACCAGCAUAGAAUAAACAUAGGCACGAGCACUCAUUUAUAUUUUUUCCUUUUCUUGUGUAGCAAAAAAAGGAGGGGGGCUUAGGAGGAAUACCCUAUUGAGGAUUAAAACUCCAUGCUGCUUUGUGAUUUAUGCACCCUUGUUUCCAGUUUGUUAAAUAUUAAGUAUAUGAACAAAAUUAAUGCUCGAAAAAAAUCCAGGCCCUCCCAUCAGGAAUGGAACUCACAAUCUUUCGGUUAACUGUUUGUUGCUUGAAGUACUGAUCUGUAGGUGACUCCUGCAGAGCGCAGGUUGUACGCUUUGGGUAGUCACGGCGCUUUUUAUCUUGCGAGUACUGCUGGACACUAUUCAAAGCAACAAAUUAAAUUACCUGCAUCUCACAAGCAGAUGGACUAAGACAGUGUUGUGUACACUUUGAACCAACCAACCGCCCAAGUGUAAUGAAACUAAAGUAGAAAUACUAGGAAAAUAAUUCUGAGGCGGUGUGGCAGCAAUUAAACCCACAACCGUCCAGUUACCAGUUGGAUGCUCUAACCACUGAGUGCAUGGUGACUGUCACAUAUGGUGAAGGCUUGAUUGAACUUGCGAUAAUUUCUUCAUCUACUUAAUAUCCAUGCAUUUCAGUCUCAUUGCACUUGGGUGAAAUUUGAUAAAGGCACACUCUUCAUUUUUUUAGAUGUGAUAAACAAAUUUCUCGGUCUAGUGUAGAAGGGCUGUAACUCUACAUGUAGUAUGGACUUUCUAUCCAUCCAGGAUAAGUGGCAGUGCUUGCGCUGUUAUACUGCAAAGAAUAGGUUGAUCCCAUCCCCGUGUGGCUCAUAGCUGCCGCUCUAAUAAGAUAACUGACCAACAACUUAUACCCAAAGGAAGAAAUUUUAAGGUAUCUUUUGGUCCUUAAUUUAGGUGAAGUUUAUAGAUGACUCUGAUCUCGCUUAUGUAAUGCAACGGUACAGGGAGGUUCACGAUUUUGUCCACACUCUGGCUGGCUUAUCAAUAAGGUUUGAGCACAAAAUAAGCUUUUAAAUAUGUUCAUUUUUAUUUAUUCCAUACGAGAAUUUGAUACAUUGUGAGCAGAGUGAUGGUGUGUGUUAAAGUGACGUUUAACUCAACAGUUAGAGUUGAUGCCAAAAGAGAACAACAACCUGAUAAAAUUUCAUUAGCUUCAUUUCCGGGCGUGGUUACUGUACCUCUAAUAGUCUCUCUUAUGGUAAACAAGUCUUCAGUACUCACAGUGCCUACUUUCUAAAUACAUUGGAACCUCGAAUUAACGAAGGGCCAAGGGACUAACAAAAUAUUUUCGCCACUUCAAGGCUUCGUUAUAUCGAGGUUCUUUUUCACUACUAUUACUGGGGUAAAGAAAAUCGUUCGUUAUACCGAGGACUUCGUUAGUUAGAGGUUCGUGAAAUCGAGGUUCCACUGUAAUAGAUUUAGAUCGAGUUUCUUUUCACCUUGAAGAAUUGUUGCCGUAAGUGUUAACUGUAAUAGUGACUUGUCAUCUUGCCGCAAAGGAAAGCCCUAAGAUGAAAAAAGCAUCGUUCGAUUUUCCAAUCGAUAGCCCAGUGGUACUUGCGGCAGUUUAACGAUGUUUUUUCAGCUGACAGUGCAUUGCAUGCCCGGGGGGGUUACUUGGGUUAAUUUUUGCCGGGUAUGUGCCGCUGGCCUCUCAGAGCCCCUACCCCAUUAUAGUCUAUUUUGUGGCCAAUUGUAGACCCCAUCUUAAAAUAGUCACUUUUGGGCAAAUAUGUAAUUUUCGCGAUCCCAACUUAGUAACUUUCUAAAUAGGUCAUCCUAAAAUGAAUUGACUCAUUUUUUAAAGUGAAUGAAGAACACUUUACUUUUCACCUACAGUACAGAUAUUCUGGUACGUUUGCUAACCGUAAAUAUGAAGAACUGUCUUACCCCCAAAAUCCGAAAAUGUGCGGCCCCGUUCUAGUAACUGUAUUGAAAAUGCGACCCCAUUAUAAUCAAUCCAGUCGUGAAAAUGCGACCCCAUCCAGCGGCACAUCCCCAGUAGCCUCUUAUAAGGAAGUACCCCCCUCCCCCGGUCUGCGUGUUUUCUAAUCUAACCUAAAGCGGCGCGCAUUUGAGUCUCUUGGUGAAAAAAGUCAAAUCCUUAUAAUCUUGUUCGUUUGGUGUUUUGAUUUUGUUCGUUUUGGUCAUUUCAAUGUCAAAAGAAAAUAGCUGUAUCAUUUGGGCCCAACAAACGACUUGAUCUUUGAGUAAAUUUUCCUAACAAGUAACAUAAGAAUUGCAUGGAGUAAUAUGGAGAAUAUGUAUGUGAGACUAGAGUUGAAACAGGUACACAGUCUCAGUGCCAUAUUGAGUCUGGUUGCUUCACAAUUAGCCUUAUUUCAAAGUACUAAUGACUUUGAAGUAUAACAAACUAAAACAACUCCAUUGAACAUCUUGCGAACUUAAUUAUGUAAUUGGGUGGAAUUGUAUGACUACAGAAUACCCGCCGGCCCCUUCAUGCCACUUUAUUUGCAUGUGUCGGAAAGCUUUGAAGAAAGAGGACCUUACAACAAUGGACCAGCUUUUGUUAUUCAACAAGCUGUAUAUGAAGUGGCCGGUAUUCUGCAGUUUGGCCAAACAAAAAGCGCUAUUUAGCCAUUAUAACAAUACAGUUCACUUAUGUUUUAAAGGAGUAAAGUAGAUAGGUGAUCGCUUUUACCUAAAAGCCUGCUAUAGGUGCUUACAUAGUUGAAAUUGACGAGCCAUCUUACAACGAAAACAAAACAAAACAAAUAGGGCUGUGUCCAGUCUCCCUUCACUCCGGCUUUGGAAAGAGUUUUAAACUUUAUUUUUCCUAAGAAGGUUGUGCUUGGAUCUCGAAUUAAGAACUUCAACGGACGAUUGAUGUCGCCGUUUAACUAUUUCAUGAUAAAAAUGGUAACUACCUUCACUGUUCUAGACGGUCCUCCUUAUAAGAGAGUGAACGUCUGGUAAUGGUCUUGUAGUGCGAUUCAAAGUGGACAUACUUGACGUAUUUCAAAUUUACUUAAUGUUCUUUGGAAUAGUCAUCAUAUUUCUUGCCAUGUCCUUGUCGGCAGUGGAAAGGUUAAUAACAGGAAUAUUCAAGUAACUCUAAAGUCCAUUUUAUUUGUUCAUUUUUAAUAGUGUUCCUCACGAAAUAGCUGUAAAGUGGUACGAGAUGAUACAAACUGGAUUGCCCAUGUGCGCUUUGAGUUCCAUUGUGGCACCUAUUAGACUAACACCAAGGUACGCGAGGAAAUUAUUUUAAUUGAUUCUUCUAACCAUAAGAAUUAAUUGAUUCACUGGUUAAUUGAUCAGAUAAUUUUCUACCCCUAUAUACCCUGGGUGCCAGAGACUUAACAUGCGCGUUUUCCGGUUUCGGUCAAGUCGUUAUAGUGACUCGCGCGGAAGUUUUAUCCCGAGGCUUCGCCGCUCGGCCUUCGGCCGAAGACGCAUUGGCUUGCGGACGACCCCGUAGCAUCUCCGCCACAUUCAAUCCCCUAAACAGGGGAACAGGCCCUUACAUUGGCAAAAAGAGAAACUGUGCACGUGCAUCACUUUUUUUUUGUUUAUUUCUUUACCGUCACCACAAGACUACGACGUGAAUGUUCUAAUUUCACAUUUUUUGGCGGACUUUGGGCACAAGACAACGACUGCCUUUUUCUUUUCCUGAACUUCGAAACAAUCUUUUAGAAUUUAACUCCAGAAAAAUUUGCCAACAUUUGACGAACUGAGGCGAGAUAGUUCCUUCGAAUAUUCCAUUUCAAUACUGUCUUGUAGUCUCGCCUAUUAACAACUCUUGCGCUGUAAAUUUCUCUACAGGGAACGCGCUAACCUGAGGAAAUAUUACAUCCCCUGGGCUGUGUACUGUGGCUAUCAAUCUAAGUUUUUCAUGAACGUUUAUUUUGAGAAACACUUUGAGGAACCACUGGAGGACCUUUGUCAAAGAUUGAACUUUGUUCCUGCGCCCAAAAUACAGAGCAUCUCUUAG